CCGCAUCGAGACGAUUGAGGCGAUGCAGGUACGCGCUGUAGGGUGCUCGGACGUGGAAGCUGCUCGCCUGAUUGGACGAAGCUGAACUUCAUAUGAACUCCUCAACAACAGCCUGACUGUGCCGUAAACAUGCAUCGUCCCUCUGCUCUGUCAUGAGAACACCGUCGAACAGCAUAGACAAUAAUGUGUCUCGGAUGUAUAAAUGCUGCAAAUUGCGAAGGUAGGUGAUGCUCUCGCAUUGUCAAACAAGUCGUCCCUAGUGUCUCGUGUCGAAGCACAUCCCAUUCGAGCAUCCCGAAUCACUACGUUGUGUACUUCUUCCUAUAGGGAGUGCUGCAGUUAUAUACGCGACUAAACCUUCAGCAACUCGACGCUACCAAUAAUUGGAGUCAGAAAGCCGGGCGGUAUAAACCCAGUCAACCCUCAUCAACCCCAGCAUCAAGCAUGUAUCAAGCGCCAAUAGCCUGCAUGUCUGCCGGGCCCUCUAAAAGCUCAUACGUCAACAGAGUGGCAGCUCAAGCGGCGACAGGGAGUAUCACACAGAUCGACGAAGCUCAAGCGCUCAAUGAAUGCAUUUAUGGUGGUUUGCAGUCACCCGAAGACCGCAUGAUCUACAACCGGAAUCAAGCAGACGCUGAUGCCGCAAACACGAAAGGUCUUUCAAGCAAGCGUCAGCGAGCGCGUCAUCGACGAUCCAAGCGAAGCCACGCUGCCGUCGUUGAGCGCAUCAAAUCGAGCUGGAAAGGUCCAGUAGAGCAGUGGCUCUCAGAAGAUAUUACGCCGAGGUCCCAAGGUUCGCGGUUGUAUGGCCAGCCACAGCGUUGGCCCGUCCAUCUGCUGGAAGCGUUAGAGCACGUCUCUCGAUUGCUUCCGGAUGUGGCGGAGGCUCGCGAAGCGCUCGAAGGGGUCGUAAAUGCUCGCAUGUCAAAGUCCCACGAACGUAAGAGUAUCAUAGUGAAGGACGUAGAAGAUGUCAUACGGGGCUUGAGGGGCAAGCCUGAAGGGUUGACACCCAGUGCCCACCCAGCGGCGCUCAUGCCGACGAUUGCAUGCGCCGAUACGACCUUAACAGCUGAUGCGACGUCCGCAGGCAAUGCUAUGCAGUACGACGAUCUGCGACAAGUCACCGCGCCACUGACCGCCCGCCGACAGGGGAAGCAGCCGGUUCCAAGUGCUACUGACGCAAUAAGUUCUGCAGCAUCGGUGACUGGAAGUCCUAUUGUCAAGCAUGAAGCGAUCACUGACCCAGCCAUCGGACACAUACCCACUACAGCACGGCGUCCGCAUACACGACCUCCACUGGACUGGAUUGUUUCAAGGAUCGAGAAGCUUGCCUCGGAGCGUCAGGACUUGGUCCUGCAGCGUGCAGACUUUACUCGUAAGCUGGCCAAUCUCGAGCGUAUGUGGGGACAUGGCGGUGCCCCCGAAGCGAUAGCGGGUUAUCAGAAAGACAUUGAGAGCAAGACCAGAGCCAUCAAUGACAAGAACCGAGAGAUUGGAAAGCUGAAGGCAGGCUUGGAAGAUGGUUCCCGUAGGCAACAUGGAGAAGGGCCGAUCCUUGUCGAUUAGUUAGAGACAUAUACCGGAGUUCUUUUUCACGUGAGCAUGCGGUGGCACGGUAACUUGUG